AUGUACAUAUGGUGGCCAGGAAUAGUUCUUCAUCCCACCGAGAUCCCAGACAACAUUCUAGCGGUGAAACAUUCGCCGUGCGAGUUUGUGGUGCGAUUUUUCGGACAGUACGACCAUUACUGGGUCAACAGAGGCAGAGUGUUUCCUUUCCAAGAAGGUGAUUCUGGCAGAAUAUCUAGUCAGAAGUCCAAGAUAGAUGCCGCUUUCACAACUGCCAUGGAACACGCGCAGAGGGCCUGUGAAAUACUGAAAAAAAUGCAGCCCAACGAAGAAGAAGACUUAGACAUCGCCUCUUCCCUCCUACCACCGCACUACGUCAAGCUAAAAGUGAACAAGCCAGCCGGCAGCGUCGUUAGAAGAGAUGUAGAUGCCAACUCGCUCACUCAGUGCGACUGCGACCCGAACCAAAUGGACCCUUGCGGGAUAUACUCUCACUGUCUCAACAGGAUGCUGCUAACGGAGUGCGGGCCGACGUGCCGCGCGGGCGAGCGCUGCAGCAACCGCGCGUUCGAGAAGCGGCAGUACCCGCGCCUGCAGGCCUACCGCACGCCGCACCGCGGCUGGGGGCUGCGCACGCUGCAGGACAUCAAGCAGGGUACGUACAUGUCCCGACAUGUCCCGCAUGCGACCGCUACAACCGCGCGUUCGAGAAGCGGCAGUACCCGCGCCUGCAGGCCUACCGCACGCCGCACCGCGGCUGGGGGCUGCGCACGCUGCAGGACAUCAAGCAGGGUACGUACAUGUCCCGACAUGUCCCGCAUGCGACCGCUACAACCGCGCGUUCGAGAAGCGGCAGUACCCGCGCCUGCAGGCCUACCGCACGCCGCACCGCGGCUGGGGGCUGCGCACGCUGCAGGACAUCAAGCAGGGUACGUACAUGUCCCGACAUGUCCCGCAUGCGACCGCUACAACCGCGCGUUCGAGAAGCGGCAGUACCCGCGCCUGCAGGCCUACCGCACGCCGCACCGCGGCUGGGGGCUGCGCACGCUGCAGGACAUCAAGCAGGGUACGUACAUGUCCCGACAUGUCCCGCAUGCGACCGCUACAACCGCGCGUUCGAGAAGCGGCAGUACCCGCGCCUGCAGGCCUACCGCACGCCGCACCGCGGCUGGGGGCUGCGCACGCUGCAGGACAUCAAGCAGGGUACGUACAUGUCCCGACAUGUCCCGCAUGCGACCGCUACAACCGCGCGUUCGAGAAGCGGCAGUACCCGCGCCUGCAGGCCUACCGCACGCCGCACCGCGGCUGGGGGCUGCGCACGCUGCAGGACAUCAAGCAGGGUACGUACAUGUCCCGACAUGUCCCGCAUGCGACCGCUACAACCGCGCGUUCGAGAAGCGGCAGUACCCGCGCCUGCAGGCCUACCGCACGCCGCACCGCGGCUGGGGGCUGCGCACGCUGCAGGACAUCAAGCAGGGUACGUACAUGUCCCGACAUGUCCCGCAUGCGACCGCUACAACCGCGCGUUCGAGAAGCGGCAGUACCCGCGCCUGCAGGCCUACCGCACGCCGCACCGCGGCUGGGGGCUGCGCACGCUGCAGGACAUCAAGCAGGGUACGUACAUGUCCCGACAUGUCCCGCAUGCGACCGCUACAACCGCGCGUUCGAGAAGCGGCAGUACCCGCGCCUGCAGGCCUACCGCACGCCGCACCGCGGCUGGGGGCUGCGCACGCUGCAGGACAUCAAGCAGGGUACGUACAUGUCCCGACAUGUCCCGCAUGCGACCGCUACAACCGCGCGUUCGAGAAGCGGCAGUACCCGCGCCUGCAGGCCUACCGCACGCCGCACCGCGGCUGGGGGCUGCGCACGCUGCAGGACAUCAAGCAGGGUACGUACAUGUCCCGACAUGUCCCGCAUGCGACCGCUACAACCGCGCGUUCGAGAAGCGGCAGUACCCGCGCCUGCAGGCCUACCGCACGCCGCACCGCGGCUGGGGGCUGCGCACGCUGCAGGACAUCAAGCAGGGUACGUACAUGUCCCGACAUGUCCCGCAUGCGACCGCUACAACCGCGCGUUCGAGAAGCGGCAGUACCCGCGCCUGCAGGCCUACCGCACGCCGCACCGCGGCUGGGGGCUGCGCACGCUGCAGGACAUCAAGCAGGGUACGUACAUGUCCCGACAUGUCCCGCAUGCGACCGCUACAACCGCGCGUUCGAGAAGCGGCAGUACCCGCGCCUGCAGGCCUACCGCACGCCGCACCGCGGCUGGGGGCUGCGCACGCUGCAGGACAUCAAGCAGGGUACGUACAUGUCCCGACAUGUCCCGCAUGCGACCGCUACAACCGCGCGUUCGAGAAGCGGCAGUACCCGCGCCUGCAGGCCUACCGCACGCCGCACCGCGGCUGGGGGCUGCGCACGCUGCAGGACAUCAAGCAGGGUACGUACAUGUCCCGACAUGUCCCGCAUGCGACCGCUACAACCGCGCGUUCGAGAAGCGGCAGUACCCGCGCCUGCAGGCCUACCGCACGCCGCACCGCGGCUGGGGGCUGCGCACGCUGCAGGACAUCAAGCAGGGUACGUACAUGUCCCGACAUGUCCCGCAUGCGACCGCUACAACCGCGCGUUCGAGAAGCGGCAGUACCCGCGCCUGCAGGCCUACCGCACGCCGCACCGCGGCUGGGGGCUGCGCACGCUGCAGGACAUCAAGCAGGGUACGUACAUGUCCCGACAUGUCCCGCAUGCGACCGCUACAACCGCGCGUUCGAGAAGCGGCAGUACCCGCGCCUGCAGGCCUACCGCACGCCGCACCGCGGCUGGGGGCUGCGCACGCUGCAGGACAUCAAGCAGGGUACGUACAUGUCCCGACAUGUCCCGCAUGCGACCGCUACAACCGCGCGUUCGAGAAGCGGCAGUACCCGCGCCUGCAGGCCUACCGCACGCCGCACCGCGGCUGGGGGCUGCGCACGCUGCAGGACAUCAAGCAGGGUACGUACAUGUCCCGACAUGUCCCGCAUGCGACCGCUACAACCGCGCGUUCGAGAAGCGGCAGUACCCGCGCCUGCAGGCCUACCGCACGCCGCACCGCGGCUGGGGGCUGCGCACGCUGCAGGACAUCAAGCAGGGUCAAUUCGUAAUCGAAUACGUGGGCGAGCUGAUCGACAUGGAGGAGUUCCGCAGAAGGAUGUGCCGCAAGCACGAGAUCCGGGACGAGAACUUCUACUUCCUCACGCUAGAUAAAGAGCGCAUGAUCGACGCGGGGCCUAAAGGCAACCUAGCCAGGUUCAUGAACCACUGCUGCGAGCCGAACUGCGAGACGCAGAAGUGGACGGUUCUCGGCGAUGUGCGAGUCGGGCUCUUCGCGCUGUACGACAUUCCUGCCAAUUCCGAAGUGACGUUCAACUACAAUUUGGAGUGCGCAGGCAUAGAGAAGAAACGGUGUCUGUGCGGCGCCAAGAGGUGUUCCGGCUACAUUGGGGCUAAACCGAAACAGUUACAGGAAGACAAACCAAAACUACCCAAGCGCACAUACAAGAAACGUAAACCCGCCGAAGAUCCCAAACCAAAACCACCUAAAAUCAAAAUAAAGCCGAUCAAACCUCGAGAACUGACCGAAAUUGAAAAAGAUCUACUUAUAAUCAAAAACGCUACCAACGGUAUGUCUAGCGAUUCCGAAGGCAGCAGGGCCAGUCUGGACGAUAAGAAUCCUAAGGCGUUGAAAAGGAAGAGGGUAAGUUUUUCUACGGACGAGUUGGGUGCAAAGAAAGCUAAGUUGGAUAGUGAUGACGCCGUCUGAUUUCAUUUUGUGAAUUUAAGGGAUAUCGAUAUACCACAGAAUAUAAUACUACAAGUCAAGUACAGAAGACUCACUGUUUUGAUGUUCACAAAAUGCGUUAAUAAUUCUUACCUGCAAACGGACCGAGAACAGCCGAUUGAGUUCUAUUGCGUCGCGCGAAGGUCGUCACCACUGAAUGGGUCGCGACUUCGCGGCCGCUAGCAUAUACUUGUAGCUCUGUGAAAUAAUCGAGGAUUGAGCCAACCCUGGUAAUACGUGAAAGGCUUAAGACGUCUAGGUACUUGUUAAUAAGUGUUGAAGAAAUCUAAUGAAAAUGAAAUAUUUAUUUUUCAAGUAGGCAUAUUACAAUGCGCAUAUGAACGUCAAAUAAAGCUACGCCGGCUCUAACCCUACGCCUCAGCCUCGAGAAAAUUUCAGCCCCCCUCAGUUGGGAGGGGGGGAUAUCCACUAUGGGACCGGCAUUGGCAAGAAACUCGGCGGGCCACUUCUUUUCAAAACAUUAAAUCUUAUAAUAAUUAAGCCAAGGAUACACUGAGCUACGGCACGUGUCGAGAGAAAUAAGUGUGUUUUUGUUAUAUGUUAUAACAAUGAUUGGACGGAUAUUUUACCAUCAAACAUAGAUAUUUCUUUGAUGAAGAGUUGAUGACUGUCUAAAGACAAUACAGUCAGCGGUACUUUGACUACGAUGGAGUCACUGUUAUUUACAGUAACUUGUACAACAUUCUUGAAAAACCGUGCUUCUAGUUUUAUAACCUUCACUGCCUGCGCGAAGACGUGCACUUGCAAUGAAAUAUUGGAAAACUGCACGCAAGCUAUGUGCCAUCUCUCACAAGGAUCCGUAUAUUACAACGCGUGCGUGUAAGAACGUUUUCACGCACAGAUGUGUACAGGCCAUGUAGCCGAAUGGCAUUUCUGCGACGCGAAACGCCACCGAAACGCUGCGGGAAUGUAGUCUGGCUCUGUCGCGCCAAUACGCAAGAGCGAUAGAGAUAGAUAGCUACGAAAGCGAUAUUAUCGUGAGCGUUUCUGCAUUCGGCUACGCAGACUGGUCGAUUCAUGAAAGCCGGCAUGAAUGGAAUGAACGAAACUUUUACUAUGUGAGAUCCACCACUUUAUUAGUGAAUGUUAUACACAGAUAAGAUAAUUUCACUCACUUUCGCUCAAUUUCAUUCACUCAUUCGUUCCAUUCCUGCCAGCUCUUGUGAAUCAACCUGUGCCGGAACCCACAGCAUUACUUAAGAUGCCAAAUUCGACGUACAAUCUAAAACCUGACCAGAAAUAUAUGAGUACGCGCCAUCUUGCGGAAUUUCAGUAGAACUAUUUUUUUCAUACAAUACUGAACUGUCACCCCAUACAUCAGAAUAGGCUACUAGCCUCCUAGUCAAAUC